AUGGUAUCUUCGCAAUUGCUUGUCAUUUUUUUCACAGUAUCAAAUAUAAUAUUUAAUCUAAAUGCGGAAUAUGUUGGUAAACCACAAAUAACAGCUGAUAAUAAAGCUAUAUUAAAACAAUCAUUUCAAUUAAAAUGUGAAUAUACAGGUAAUGAUGGUGAUGGUGAGUUUGUCGAAUGGUAUAAAGAUGAUAUAGCUGUAAGUACUGAAAAACCCGGUCAUUAUAUUGUUCAACAGAAUGAAACGGAAUCAAUUCUGAUAAUAAAAAUUUUUGUAAAAUUCGAUGCAGAUGUUAAAGUUUGGCAAGUUAAAACAAAGAAAAACGGUAAUGAAGCACCAAGUCAAUGUCGAUUUGGUCAAAUAGCACUUAAACCAUCACCACAAGGUAUAGAAACAAAUCGACCUAAUGAAAAAAUCGAUUCUGCUCAUGGAUCAAUACGACGUAGUGAAGAUAAAUUAGUUCAUUUAACAUGUAUUAUUGAACCUAAACAAGAUAAUCAAAAUGAGAUUAAUAUUGAGUGGGAAUAUAGUAAAGAUGGUGAAACAUUUUCUGAUUUACCUCCAGGAAUUAAUAAAGAAGCUAAUCGAUUAGUUAUUGAACAAGUUAAAAAAAUUCAUAAUGGUUAUUAUCGUUGUUUACUCAAUGGUGUUCCAUUUACAGUUUUAUUACGUGUUAAAGAUCGAUUAGCAGCACUUUGGCCAUUUAUUGGUAUUGUGAGUGUUGUUCUUGUUCUUGUAAUUGUUAUCUUAAUCUUUGAAAAACGUCAAAAAUCGAAUAAGAAAACUUCAACAGAUGAUGAUGAACAAGAUCAAGCAAAUGAUCCACUUGUACGGACAACAACAAAUACGUCAGAAAAUGAUAAUAAAAAGCGUGCAGUUAAUGCAUAA